GCCACAACUCCCAUUUGGGCUAUCCACUACGAGAGGCUCAUGGUGGACUCGAAAAUUCCGCAAGGAAUCCAUAUACUCGAAUAUGUCGUGCAAACACUGGCCAGUGGAGACUUUGACGCGGGGAAGGGCGGUAGCACAACUAGGCCUUUAUUCCGCAAACAAAAGGGGACAGCCCUGUUCUUCGUUACUACGGUGUGUGGGACAGUGUAUCUUGCAUGGACUGUGAAAGUGUACGGGCAGUGCCAGGCCAUCGAACUCCUUGGCAUCGGAGGCAAAACAUUCGUCGAGAAGAGGGUCUGGCCGUUGCUCCGUCGCGACAUCGAAGAGCAACCAGAAUGGAAGCUCCCUGCGUCUAUGAGUCUGUGGUCAUCUGGAGCUAGCGUUGACCUCUCUAAGGAUAUGCCGGAGGAUACGUCAUUGCUCUAUGUGCCCGCAGAUAUAGAUGUUCCUGCCAACGAUGCACUGGUGGAUGUGUCAGAAAAUGCACAUCUUUUGAUAGACCAGAGCCACAUUAAAGCCAUGUCAUUUAUGAGGUCCAGGCCCACUAUGGUCCUUGGGGGCGGGGGUACUGGCAAGACGGAGUGCAUGCUGGAUAUGAUCGAGCAGCAGCUGGACACAGGUACAGGCUUUGACAACAUGCAGCUUUAUGUGGGAGCAACAGAUUCUUUAGCCAACUGGUCCUCAAUGAGGCUACUAAAACGAGAGACCAUAACGGAAGAGGGCUUUAGGAUGGUAUCGUUCACCAGUCUUCCAUCUCUACUCGCUAAGCUCUACAUGUCGAAUAACACCAUACGCGGGAGGCUCUUUGUGGAUCGUAACAUCUUUAGGUCCGAAUACAUGGAUGUCAUGCCGAAAAUGGUCCGCAGUAUUGGCGCCGAUGAGCUCUACGAUGCUAUUCACGCGCACAUGGAUAUAGAGGCAGAGGGCGGUGUUAGCUCUCUUAGGCCAGAGUACAAGAAAGCGCGUAAGGUCUACGAAUCGGUUAAAGCAUCGCGUGGCCACAUCGAUGCUUACGAUCUUCACACACUCGUCAAGCAAGACCCGCAGCGAUUAGUGGCUAUGGCAUCGAAGAUCGCACGCAUCUACUUAGAUGAGGUCCAAGAUAUAUCAUGGACAAUGUGGUCCGUAAUCGAGAUAAUGCUGUCUGCACGCACCUCGAGCGUGGUGUGUGCUGGUGAUUUCACACAGCGACUUACACCAGGGAUCUCGAUCAAUGGCAUAAAGACGCUUAUCUAUAAGCACCUCCCCAAGAGUAUGGAGAUUGUUAGAUAUAAGAUCAAUUAUCGAUCGGACCCCAGCAUUAUAUCGCUCGCAAACCGUAUCCAAUCGUACACCCACAUGAGAGAACACGCAAUGGAACCGUCUCCCUAUACUCAGGAAACUAGCAACUCCGUGACACUGGUAGAGAUACAGGACAUCGAGCAUGAAAAUGUAGCCGAUGUGUUGCGCUAUAUCGGAGUACCGUCCAACAACUAUAGAGCUGCGAUCGUCACCACGUCGUCAUGGGCACACCGGCUUCGUGAGACUUUGGGUAAAUCCCACAAUGUCUUUAGUGCUUACGAGUGUAAGGGUCUCGAGUUCGACCUUGUUGUGUGUUGGGAUCUUUUCAACCCAAGCAUGGGUAUAAAAGCGCCAAUCCUAAAGCGUAGCAUUGAGGCAGCCGCGUUGAAUAAGGGCAAUAUUGACGAAUACGAGAACUUCGAGAUAUACUUAAACCACCUCUACAUAACCGUUACAAGGGCACGCAAGCAUCUUAUAAUGGUCGUUCCACCGUGCGAGAGAUCCAGCAUUAUGAUCAAGGCGCUCGGGAUUGACGAUAUCGUUUAUUACAGUGAGGUUCGGGAGCGUGGGCCUCUGCCUGAAAUUACCAUCCCAAUAGACGAGCUCAGCGCGCCUGACGACCUAAGAAUGGCGAUCGUGAUGAGAGAGAGAGGAUUGCUCCAGCAGGCCCUCAACGUCUUUGAGCAGAAUGGCGACGCUGUACAAGCAGGGUUUACAAGAGCUCUAAUCCACCGAAAGCAGCACAGGCUUCGUGGGGAGCAUCGCGAGAUCCAGCUUUGUAUAUCUGAGUGUUACGGCGUAAUCGAGGCAUUAAAACAGUCGACGGAUAGCGUUCUCAAAAUCGAGGAUGUAAAGUUACUCCUUGCCCAGGCACUGGUCGUUGAUAAGCAGUAUGCUGAAGCUUGUUUGCUUUACGAAGACCUGGAGAUGGAAGAUGAACUGGUCGCGUGUCUAAUCGAGGCAGUCGAAUCAAAGUCUGGAGAUGUAAUGCGGAUACGAUACCUAAUACCUGAAAAAGCUGUAGCUAUCUGGGAGCAUUUCAAGGACAACAAUAGAUACGCAAGAUUCGUUGUUGCAUUGAUGCUUGCGUUUGAACCUCCAUCUGUAGACCUAGUUCAGUCGAUGAUCUCGCACAUUCCAUCCAAGGCAGGGCUUAUUAUGAUGCAUAACUCCCUGGUAGAGGUCGAUGAAAGCGUAUUCCCCACAUGGGACGUAUUCCGAAAGAGGAAAUUGUCGCAGAUGGGAUCCGGGUCGGAAGAGUCGGAACUGACAUUCUUAGAAUGGAGCUUAUUGCGACGUCUCGAUGGUCAACACUCCAACGAAGACUUGGUUUACAUUAUUUCUACUGGUUGCUUGCCAAAAUUCCAGUCGUCAAUGGCUUGUCUGUUCGUUGGGCCUAGAAACAGCAAGACUACAGAACUCCUGUCGCUCCAUAUCCAAUCGGGUGCUAUGCUAAAGGCGUAUCGCUCGCUGGAAAUGCCUUUGAAGCAUGUUGCAACGAAGAUGCGAGAACUCUCGUGCCCUCUGACAGAUUUUAUGGCACUCCAUUCCCAAAUACCGAGUGAAGAAGAGUCAAGGGUGCACCUGCUUGCCGAGGCGUACAAGACGCAUAUGCUCAAGAUGAGAGGUAGCGAGCAUCAACUCACGCUCUUUAGAUGGUGCGCUAAGAUGAGUGGAGGUAUGAACAUUAUCGAGAUGAUCUGCACCAUGCUUAAGGAGGACAAACAGAUGCUGCUCGGCAUCUACAGUCCAGAUAACACUGUAAACGCAACACAGAGAGCGUUGCUUCGUGUAUUAAGCGAGAGGUAUUUAUAGGUACGCUAGCUUAGGCCUAUCCGAUUGCAGACCCAUCGAGCAUUAAAUAUUAUACGUAGGUGAUCCAAACCCAUUAAAAUAAAAUACUCC